AUGCUGAGAGAUCAGCAAAAAGGGUUGUCAGGCAUAGUGACUCAAAAGAGCGGUUACAGAGAGUUGAUCGAGGGCGAUCUUCCGGCUUCAAUACAAGGCAAGACUGUCGUUGUGUGUCCAAAGAAAACCACAGUUCCAGUGUCACCACAGACAAGAAAGUACUUUGAACGAAAGACAGGGAAGAAAGAAUUUUACUUUGUUAAGCUUAUUUUGGGCUUUUCUUGCCCUUUGUGGGAUGGUACUAGCUUCUCAGCAGAGGUAAGCGCCCCUCUCAAAGGAGUGGGCAUGUCGCUAUAUUCCACUACUUUGAAUACAUGGGUUCCAAUAUCAGCGAAUUUUCGCUUUAGAGAGGUCGUCUCGCGUUUCACUGUAUUUGCUGGCCAAGCAGCCAUUAUCGCAAGACAAUCGCGCACGUUUGACAACGACCAUAAAGCUCCAAACCAUACUUCCGAGGCUAAAUCAGACGAUGAAGAAGAUGUUCCAGAAUGCCAAAUUUCCAAAAGAACUUUACCCUUAAAAGGAUAA